UCCCAUAAUCUUUGGAACUGGACUGGAAACAAAUCUUAUUUUCAUCAAUUCUGAGUUACCCACUGGAACGAAAUCACUUUGAGAUUCAUCACCUGAUACCGACAACCUGUGUAUAAGCCAGGAACCUCCAUCUGUCACUGCAUCCUGUAUGUGAUCAGCAGCUCCUCGGAGGAAAAGACACACACGUACGCACACACACACACUGCGCUGACGCAUACAUGCUGGUGAUGUGUGUCUCUCGUUUGUACUGCAGUGACACAGAAUAAUGUUUCCGAUGUUUCUGGUCCAGCCAUAAAAUGAAUAAAUCACUCUCAUACCCUGGUCCAUACUCUCCCGUGUCGUCUACAAUCUCAACAUCUCCAAUACAGGAAGAGGAGGAUGAAGACCUGAACAAAGCUUUUGGUGUUCAGAGAUUUCAGCAGAUUCUUAGUCCGACUUCACGUGAACCUAACGAGCACCGACAAUACAGCGAGGAGGACUUCCAGUAUCAUCGUCACUCAUCACACCACACCCGUCACCCUCUGUCCAAACACACUGAUGGCCGGAGAAAGAGAACUGGGAAAAAGAAAAGGAGUAAAGAGCAACACCUGAGUGAUGACCUCAGCGUGCAGGAUGGAGAGGAAGAGGAAGAAACAUGCACGGACAAACCUGAGAGUGAGACACAGGAUGGUGUGCAGUUCUUCCUGUAUGAUGAAGAGGUUUUCCCUGCUGAUGGAGAAAGCACAGCUGAGAACAAAAACGCGCCUACAGAAACACAUGAGAGCACCACUGCAGAUGGGGAGCUCACACACUCUGAGACUGAAACACACAAUGACAACACUGUGACUGAUUCCACUAAGCACCACGCUGUGACCAUCAACGAAAGCUCUGCAACAUUUCACCCCAGCACUUUGACCUCAUCCAGUCCAACAGGAAACAUGACGGGAAAUGAGAGCACAAAAUAUGAGAGGAUUCCUGCAGACGAGGCAGAGACACACACACUUGGCUCAGCCAAUUUGGAUGACAUUAAGACUCACCGUUUCGAGGACGUUCCUGGCGUGAGGAGACACCUGGUGAGGAAAAGCACCAAAACUGCCAUAGUGCACAUCAAUAAAGAUCAUGCGGAGCCGAGCACACGCAGUCGCAAAGUUGACCGCACACCACACGAGGUGUUUGUAGAGCUGAAUGAGCUGAUCGUAGAUAAGAACCAGGAGCUGCAGUGGAGAGAGACAGCACGCUGGAUUAAGUUUGAGGAAGACGUGGAGGAGGAAACACACCGCUGGGGGAAACCACACAUCGCCUCGCUCUCGUUCCGCAGUUUACUGGAGCUCCGCAAAACCAUAGCACAUGGCACAGUGCUGCUGGAUCUAGAUCAGAAAACGUUAGCUGGAAUUUCUCACCAAGUCGUUGAGCAGAUGAUCAUCACUGACCAGAUUAGAGCUGAAGACAGAGCGAAUGUACUAAGAGCACUACUGCUGAAACACAGUCACCCGUGUGAUGAGAAAGAUCACAGCUCGUUCCCCAGAAACAUCUCAACAGCCAGUCUGGGUUCAUUAAUCUCUCAUCAUCACCAUCACCAUCACCAUCAUCAUCAUCCUCAUCCUCAUCAGACAGAGACGUCCGUCACCGAGCCACUGAUGGGGAACACAAACACAAAACACGACAACACACAGCACACACAACCUGACACAGUUGAGAAAGAACCAACUGCAGCUGCUGGCAUGCACAGAUCUAAAUCUAAACACGAGCUCAAACUGCUGGAGAAAAUUCCAGAAGAUGCAGAAGCCACUGUGGUACUUGUGGGCAGCGUUGAUUUCCUGGACCAGCCCACCAUGGCAUUUGUGCGCUUGGAGGAAGCUGUGUUACUGGACUCAGUUCUGGAGGUUCCGGUUCCUGUGAGGUUCCUCUUCAUCUUACUUGGACCAAACAACUCCAGCAUGGACUACCACCAGAUCGGACGCUCAAUUUCCACGCUGAUGUCUGAUAAGUCGUUCCAUGAAGCUGCGUAUCUGGCUGAUGAUCGUCAAGACCUUCUAAACGCCAUCAACGCUUUCCUGGACUGCAGCAUUGUUCUUCCUCCAUCUGACUUUGGGGGCGAAGACCUGCUGCGCUCCAUCACUCACUUCCAGAGAGAUAUGAUCAAAAAACGAGAGGAACAGGAUAUCAGCAUGAUGAACAAUGAACAAAAGAGCCCAGAGGAGAAAGAAUCUCUGUUGGCACGCCAUGACCGUGGUGAUGAUGAUGAUGACCCCCUGAAGCGAUCGGGUCGGCCGUUUGGAGGUUUAGUCCGAGACGCACGACGAAGAUACCCAAAAUACAUCAGUGACUUCACAGAUGCUCUGAACCCACAAUGCAUGGCGGCCAUUAUAUUUAUUUAUUUCGCUGCUCUUUCUCCUGCUAUCACAUUCGGAGGGCUGCUGGGUGAGAAGACAGAGGGUCUGAUCGGUGUGUCAGAGCUCAUCAUUGCUACAUGUAUUCAGGGAGUGAUAUUUUGCCUAUUGGGAGCACAACCACUGCUGGUAGUCGGAUUCUCCGGGCCGUUAUUAGUGUUUGAGGAAGCCUUCUUUACCUUCUGUAAGAGUAAUGAUGUGGAGUACCUGGCGGGUCGGGUAUGGAUUGGGUUCUGGCUCAUCAUAAUCGUGGUGCUCAUGGUAGCAUUUGAGGGAAGCUUCCUGGUUCGAUUCGUCUCUCGUUUCACUCAGGAGAUUUUCUCUUUCCUAAUCUCACUCAUCUUCAUCUACGAGACCUUCUCCAAACUCAUCAAGAUAUUUAAGGAACACCCACUGAAACGCUGCUCACUCCUCAACGACUCCAUGUUUAACGACUCUGAGACCUCACUGGUAGAGAAUUUCACAUUGAACUCAUUAGCAUCAAACAGCAGCUCGAAGGUAAAGGAGAAGAUUGUCGGAGAGCCGAACACAGCACUGCUUUCUCUGGUUCUCAUGGCUGGAACAUUCUUCAUUGCGUUUUACCUGCGCAAAUUCAAGAACAGCGCCUUCUUUCCAGGCAGGCUGAGGAGGGUCAUUGGAGAUUUUGGCGUUCCCAUCGCCAUCUUCAUUAUGGUGCUGGUGGAUUACACUGUUCAGGAUACAUACACACAAAAGCUGAGCGUUCCUCAUGGUUUCUCUGUGACGAGCCCUAGUAAAAGAACCUGGAUUGUGAAUCCUCUCGGCGCUUACAAGUCAUUUCCUGUAUGGAUGAUGGCAGCCAGCGUACUUCCUGCACUCCUAGUGUUUAUUCUCAUUUUUAUGGAGACACAAAUCACCACGCUGAUCGUGAGUAAAAAGGAGAGAAUGCUGGUUAAAGGUUCAGGUUUUCACCUGGACCUUCUGUUGAUUGUGUGUGUUGGUGGAACCUGUGCUUUGUUUGGUUUACCGUGGAUGGCGGCUGCGACUGUUAGGUCCGUCACGCAUGUUAAUGCGCUAACUGUGAUGAGUAAUGCUGUUGCCCCUGGUGAUAAGCCCCGAAUUCAAGAGGUCAAAGAGCAAAGAGUCACGGGACUGUUGGUGGCCGUGUUAGUGGGUCUCUCUAUCGUGAUUGGUGAAGUGUUGAGUCUGAUUCCUCUCGCUGUGCUCUUUGGGAUUUUCCUCUAUAUGGGUGUGAUGUCACUCAAUGGCAUUCAACUCAGUGAAAGAAUCAAACUGCUGCUAAUGCCAACUAAAUACCACCCCGACGAAAUCUAUGUCCGCAAGGUGCGGACACUGCGCAUGCAUCUCUUCACUGGGGUGCAGUUGGUGUGUUUGGCCAUUUUGUGGGUGGUCAUGUCGACGGCAGCGUCACUCGCUUUCCCCUUCGUCCUCAUUCUGACUGUCCCGCUAAGAAUGUUCGUUUUACCACGGAUUUUCAACUCACGCGAGAUGCAGUGUCUUGAUGCAGACGAUGCCGAGCCCACCUUCGAUGAGAAAGAGGGAGUGGACGAGUACACAGAGAUGCACAUGCCUGUGUGAUACUCACCUACACUUAUUACACUCAUCUUCUCUCUGUCCAUCCACCCAUGGUGGGAUUUCACAGCCAGGGGAAAUCGGAGUGAAGAAAGCGCUGCUGUUCAGUUUUAAGCUCAAAGAGGCAUUGCUGAGCGCAAAAACCCAGAGUUAAAAUGUCCAGUUCAACUCGUGCUUUGUUGCCAUGCCAACAAUACAUUUAUAUAUUGAAUUGAGAAAUCAAUUUGACUCAAAAAAACACAACAAACGAGUCAGUGCACAAAAGUAUUACGAUGUAAUACAUAAAUAUUAGCUAUUGUGAAAAUAAUUAAUGAAUUUUAAUAUAUUGCAAUCUAUUCAAAUCUAAUUUUAUGAUCAUGUUGAUUAAGGGUGUGUGUGUGUGUGUGUGUGUGUGUGUGUGUGUGUGUGUGUGUGUGUGUGUGUGUGUGUGUGUGCUUAAAUCGGUAACUCUAUGGAUACAGAUGAAUAAUGUGUGUGUACUUUAUUCCGUUAGAAUUAUUUACACCCUUGAUGCCAAAUUAGCUGUGUUACUCCUUUGUUGCCAAUAAUAAGGAAAUUGUUAGUAGUUUGGUUUGUAAGUUAGCAAACAAAUGAAUCAUAAUGAAUUAGCCGUAGACAUAGUUUUGGUGCAGGACCCCAUCCCUCAAACACCAGUAAUAUGUGACCAAAAUAUCCCGGUGGUUUCAUUUUUUUUUUUUUUUUAAUAAAGAGUGUUUUAAUAGAAUUCAGCUAAAGUUCAUUUUAAAAUUUUAGACAAUUAUGGUUUAAUAUAUCGGUAGCUCGUCUAGAAUCAGUGAUCUUUUUCAUAUAAUGUUACUAUAGCAUAACACGGUUACUUAAUUUUCCUAGUUUUUGCAAGACAAAGAUUGCCUAAACCAAAGAUAAGAUGGGUUUAUGUGACAAUGUAAGACACUGUCAGUAUUUUGUUGCUGAUACAAAAUUACAAACAUUAAUGAGGAAGAUACAGUACAAUGCUGCAGCCAUCCAAUGGUAGUUUAUUAGUAAUAUCUAGCAUAGCCUGCUAGUUUAGUCUAAGUUUCUCAUCUAACUUAGGCUAAAAUUAGUAAUAAAUAAUAAUGCGUAAUGAAAGUGCCUCUGAAAUUGUGUUGUGACGCGACAUUAUAGCUAGCAGAAUUGAAGUUUCUCAUCUAACUUAGGCUAAAAUUAGUAUUACAUAAUAAUGUUUAACAAGAGUGCCUCUGAAAUUGUGUUGUGAUGCUAUAUUAUAGCUAGCAGAAAGGAGAAGUAUUCAAAGUAAGAAAAUUUUGCAUACUGAAUUACAUUCUUAAUGUAAUGAACCAUGAAAAUAAAAAAUAACCUUAUAGAUAAUAUAAAACAAUUCUAAUGCCAUGUGACUCAUAGUAUGAUUCAAAAAUUAAUAGAAGCCCACGACACUAUGUUUUCUAUCUAACUAGCAACGUAUCUAACACUGUGUUUUUAAUCAUUUAUUAGCAUAAUGCUAAUUAAAGAAGAACAGUAUUCACCACUUCUGUUGUUUUUCGGUUAAGUAUUUCACUGAGUGGGUAAAAGAGAGUGAGGUUGCGUAUGAUAGUCAGCUGUACUACAUUGACAGGAAAGAGAAAGGUGCCAGUGCACUGACUGAGGUGAUUCCCACUGCUGAGCGGUUUUCCCAGAUGUAACCCGAAAACCCUUUCCAACCCAUUCAAGUUACAGUGUUAGCUGUCCAGGUUAUGUAGCUAAUGUUUAGUUCUUACAGUGAUAGCCCUUCAAUUUAUUUAAUACCUUACUUUAUUUAAUACUUUACUUUACAGAGUGAUACUAAGCUAGCUAGCUAUUUAGUUACUUAUUUUUAACUCUCCACGAAUCCCUUCGUUGUAACGCUAUCUAGCUUUUCAGGUCCACUAAUCACACAGUCAACUACAAGAUAAAAAAAUGUAUACUAAUAACAACAAUUGUUAUUUUUUUAUUUUUUAUUUAUGCAAGGGAAUCAUGUUGGUGAAAGAUAAGUAUAUGAUCUUUAAUUUUAAUAAAUCUGUUUAUUAACAUACUAGGUAUUUUAUUUUCUCUUGUCGGUUUUAGUAUUAAUAUAAUUUGUUGUGUUUUUUUUAAUUAUAUAAUAAUGAAAUGUACAUUUCUUCCUGUUUUGUUGAUGUUAUAAAUAAAUAUGUCAUUCUUUUCAGUCUCAUGCA